UUGCGCAGUGAGGAUGCGCUGAUGUCAGCGGUGUUUGCGCGUAAACUGAGCCGCUGCGCAGUCCUUCAGAUGAACGGCUUAAAAAAAAAUAAAAGUCAGACGACAGAAUAAUUCGUGGAAUGCCCUCAAAAACAGGAGCGGAAGUGAGGGAGGAGUUCUGCUCGAUCCAUCAAAAAGAGAGUGAGAGAACAAACUGUGAUCAACCAAAUUCUCCUGCACACCCCAAAACCCAGAAGUGGACCAAACAUCUCAGAUCUCCUCAUCUGUCCCAAGACAACAAGGUAAUGGCCGUGGCGGUCUCCAGGGAUCUGACGGUGCAGGUACUGGAGGAUGUGAAUGCUGUAAAGCUGACAGACAGACUGCAGGCUUUGCGUGAGGGCAUCCAGAAAGGACAGCCCAGAUGUCUUGGGGUGAGUCAGGUGAUGCUGGGCCUGAUGAUUAUGUCCUACUCCAUUCCUCUGCACUUUACAGAGUUCACUCAGUUGGUGACCCUGGGAGUUCCCUGGUGGAGCGGCACAUUGUUCAUCACAGCAGGAGCAGUUGCGAUAAUUUUGGAGAAGCAGUGCACCGUCAAGAUUUUACGAGUAUGUUUGUUGAUCAGCGUGGUGUCAGUCAUUCUGUCAGUUGUGGCUAUGAUCAUCUACAUCAUAGACAUCAGCAAAAAUCCCGUGGUUCCAUGUGGCAAGGUUUACCCCAACAGCUGUAGCCAACAACAUUACACUACGAGGAUGAGCAUUGGAUUGAAGUCUUACCUCUUUCUCUUCACUUUGACCCACACUGUCAUCUCCUGUGUCCUCUGCUUCAGUCUCUACAGGCAGAGACAAAGCUUUCAACAGUACAAUUCUCUCUUACAAGAUGCUCCAUCAACCCCCUCAGAGCUCACGCCCCCUGACAUCAACUGACCUACUGCUGGACCAUGUCGCCGGACAACAAGUCGGCAGUAUCACCAAUCAUCAAGAUGAUUGAUCAGCUAUCAGUUAGGUGGACUAAAGCUGAUUGAUCGAAUUUUAACUUGUGUAUGAGUGUAUUUACUUUAUAUCUACCAUAUUAGUAACCACUGUGAUAAACAAUAUGUCGCCACAAGUGUUAUGCUGUUUUUAUCAAAUCCUCUCAUUCCUUAAGUGGAAGAUUGUUGGAAAAGACUGGUGAACCUUCAAACACUACGUGGCAUGAAGACGAUAAGGGCAACAGCACUAGGACAUUUGACCUCAGUGACCUUGACUGUCAACCAAAUGAUUGAGCUCUUCCUGAUCUUGCAAGGGAAAUUGUGGAAUUCACCUAAGUGUGUGUGUGUGUGUGUGUGUGUGGCAUUUGAUCUGAAUUGGGUUGAAAAUCAAAUUCAUUGACCAUGACUUCAGCCAAAAUUUUGAAAAGUUUGGUGGGAUAAGGUCCUAGUAGGCUGGAAAACAGGCAGGGAGACUUACCUUGGCCCCAAUGACUGGUUCUUUGGCUAAUUUGACUUUGCUGGGAAAUUCCACUACCCACCUCCCAGAUGAAGCACAUUUAGUGCAAAUUGGAGUGAAGAAAUUUGGACUUUUGACCUGAAUGAAUGAUCGUUUACAAAUUUGACCUUCUCUGGGCAAUUCCAGAACUCACCCCAUAUGUGUGCUAAAUUUGGUGGACAUGGAGAGUGAAAAAACUUUGACCUCAAUUACCUUGACCACAAUGAUGGACCUCUAACAAAGUAGACUUCACCUGGGGAAGUGCAGAAUACAGUAUUUUCAGGCGUAUAAGUCAUACCUGUCAACAAAUGCCUCUUGAACAUAAAUAAACACAACAUAUAUAAGUUGCACCUUUUUCAGUAUUAUCAGUUUUUUUUUAUUUGGGAUUUUUGUGCAAUGUAGUAAUGUACUUCUUAUUUUGCCAUUUAUUUUCUUAUUACUGGAGUUUAUUUUGUUUAGUGCUUUGAUUCCUGGAAAAAUCAUAUCUAAAUACUUAUUCUAAUUAUUAUUAAUAACAAACACAUCAUUUUUCAGUACAAAAGUCUCUCUUUUCAGUAUAAGUCAUAGGACCUCCUGAACUAUUAAAAAAAAAGACUUAUACUCAGGAAAUUGUGUUUAUGUGACAGCCUUGGUAGACAUCAUUUAUUUUAAAAAUGACAUUUUACCUCAAUGACCUUAACCUUUGCCAAAACAAACCCUUUAAGGGGAAUUCUGAGGUUGACCAUCAUCCACAUGCCAAGAUUUGGUGGAAAUCAGCCAAACGACCUUGGGGGGAAUCGUGGAAUAAACAGACCAACAGACAGAUGAAAAAUUGCUCAAAUGAUAGUAUGAUUACAUUAUUAAA